GUCUCUUUUGCAAAACCAAAUAAACAAAGCAAAGCUUUUCUGCGUUUGAAUACCCAAAAAAAAAAAAAACAAAAAAACAAAAAAAAACAAAGAAAUGGGUUGGCAGAUUUGGCAACAGAAGUUCCAGAAGCUGUUCAAUUUGGCCAUUCUAAGAGAACCUUUCCACAUCCUCACGAUCUCACUCCUAGGCCUCAUUCUUCCUCUCUCAUUUCUUCUCUUGGCCAGGAUUUCUUAUGCUCGAUAUCUCUUAACAUUGGAUUCUUAUUCUUCCAGUACCCAAGAUACUACUUCUACUUCCUCUUUUGUUUUCUCUUUGUCCCUCUAUGCCAAUCCAGCUCUUCUCUAUUUCCUCGUUUCCAUAGUUAGUAUAGCAACUCUUAUCCACUGUCUGACGGGCAAACUCACCCUUAUAACCAACACUUCCACUCCAACUUUCCGUCCGAAAUUGUACACGGCAUGGAUUUUUCUAUGCACAUUGCAAGUUUGUGUUGGUUUGGGAAUCCAAAGGAGCAUUCCGGCCGAGAGUACUGCAGAUGGUGGUUUCGGUUUCGAUACGGAAAGAAGCUUAUUCAGCCGAGUUAUAUUCUUCCUGGGAUUGCAUGAGACCAUGUUUCAUUGGUGUAGAGUGGUAGUGAAGCCGGUGGUGGACGACACGGUUUUCGGCGUGUAUAGGAAGGAAAGCUUGGUUGAGAAAGUGGCUGUGGCUGUGAGCUUUGGUAGUUUAUGGUACUGGAGAUUGAGGGGUGAGAUUGACUCCUUGGUGAUUGUUGGUGAGGCUAAGCGAGAGCUGCCAAUGGGAAUGGGUAUGGCUGAUUUCGUUGGUUGGUGGUUAUAUUACCUUACGGUGACGAUUGGAAUGGUUAGGAUCGUUAAGGGAAUUUUGUGGUUUUCUAUGAUCUUGAUUUGCAGGAGGAGGAUAGGAGAGAACUUGGAUGAUCAUACCACCACAGAUGAAGAGAAAGGUCUCAACUCAACUUGACCCCGUUUCUCUUUUUUCUUUUCCUUUUUUUUUUUUUUUUUUAAAAAAAUUUUUUUUGUUUUUGUUUUUUUUCCAUAUAUUUUUGUUGAUUAUUUUCUGUUCAAAGAGAGAUCCAAUUUACCUCAUAAUCAGUUACAUUUUGCUUUUUCAUUAUGGUUUUUGCUGAUGAACAUAUUGUAUUCCUCUAAACAAAGCUGUAUAAUUAUCCAAUUUGUUACAACUCUAUAGUUUGUUGGCUCUUUUAAGCCAAAAUUAUAUAAUAUUUGAUGUUCUUCUAUU